AUGUAAGAACUUCACAGGAGCCAAAAGGAUUGGAGCACCAGGGAAUCCAGCACCCGUUCGUAUGCCACAUGCUCAUCCUGAAACUUUUCGUCAAUUCGUGCACUAUAUCUAUACGGGAAAGAUUAUGCUGCAAGACAGUGGAAUUUUUGAAAUGCUCGGACUUGCACAGGAAUUAGGCGUCGAGGAACUUUGGAGAAGCUGCGAAGAACACGUGUCGGCGACACUCAGUUCCGGAAAUGCUUGCGCCCUUCUCACUGCAGCUCUUGAUGCUCAAGAGCGGGUUCUUGGAGGUAAAGGAGCGUGUUCGUCAUUUAUUGAAAGAUGUUUUGCUUUCAUUGGAGAAAAUGCAGUUGACACUGUAAAAACUUCAGCUUUUUGUAAUUUACCAAAAGACGCUUUGGUGAAAUUAAUUUCUUCUGAUUAUCUUGGUCUUGAAGAAGAGGACGUCUGGAGAGCCGUUUUAAAUUGGGCAAAAUAUCAGGCUGGAGUUACGCAACCAACGCAACAUUGGACCGAGGAAGAGCGUGCCAGAGUUUGUCAACAUUUAUCCGGAGUGAUUGGACAUGUGCGUCUUUUGUUGAUUGACAGUCAGGUUUUUGCCGAGGAAGUCGAGCCAACUGGAGCUGUUCCCAUAGAAAUGUCAUUGGAGAGGUACGAAUUUUUCAAUGCUGAUCGAUCCAGCAACUCAAAAUCCUCAAGAUACAGGUACGCGGCCUUGCCAAAUAAAUAUGCCGAGGUGUGCGCUGACAAAAGACUGCAACCUAGAGUUAGUCCAUUUCUUUUUCCCGGAUCGCAAAUUCUCUCAAGGAACAAAAUGCCCUUUCAACGUUUACUUAAUCAGUGGUUCGGUGUUCCAAAACAAACUUGGCAUUUAGUUUAUCGGGCCUCUAGACAUGGCUAUUCAGCUUCCGCUUUUCAUCGUCAUUGCGACGGAGUUUCUCCAACUUAUGUGAUUGCUGUGGGCGCUCGAGGUGAAAUUUGCGGUGGAUUUAGUGACGUGCCUUGGGGGAAAACAAAUGCCAAAGGACAUUACGUUCCGUCCGCUAAAGCAUUUCUUUUCACAUUAACAAACAAUCAAGACGUUCCGCCAACGAAAUUCGAUAUCGUCAAAAAACCGUUUGCAAUAUGCCAUCAUCCUGAUAUUGGACCGACUUUUGGAGCUGGUGCUGAUCUUCUGAUUUCAAAUAAUUGUAACGCAAAUAUGGACAGUUACACCAAUUUACCCCAUAGUUAUGAUGGGGAGCAUGCAUCUAAUUCAUUACUCAUGGGAGAUUAUAAUUUUACAGUGGUUGACUACGAAGUUUUUACUCCAAGCAAUGCGUUUCUUAAAUCACCCCAUUAAGAAUACUUUACUUAUGAAGAGUAAGAUUUUGUAAAUAUAUAUUUAAAUCGAUUUUAUAUCGAAUAACAAAAAAAAAGAAAACAAGCUCAACAAAAAAUAGACUUUUUUCAAUGAAGAUACUCAUAUAAUUUAUAAAUAUAUUUAUGUUGCCUGUGAACGUACGAUAUAGAACUUAAAUCGAUUAUUAUGCAAUAAAUAGUUUUUUAAAGUGAAAAAUUAAA